CAUGAGAGAGACAAACAGAUAGAAGAGAGAGAAAAGAAAAUCAAGGAGAGAGACAAGAGGAUAGAAGAGAGAGAAAAGCAAAUCAAGGAGAGAGACAAGAGGAUAGAGGAGAGUGAGAAAACCUCCCAAGAGAAAGACAAACAACUACAGAUGAAAGAUUUGCAGAUUAAAGACGGAGAAAAUAAUCUCAAGGAGAAGAUGCAACUUCUGGAGGAGAACAAAACUACACUGAUGAAGAUGGAGAAGAUGUUGGAGGACAAGAAAAGAGAGGUGGAGAAGAUGUUAAAACAACUAGAGCAGAAACAUAAAGAGGUGGAGAAGAUGACACAGCAGCUAGAAGAGAAGAACAAAGGCAUGGAGAGGAUGAACCAACAACUUGAUGAGAAGAAUAAACUCCUCCAUCAAAGAGACACAGAACUGGGGAACAUGACUAGACAAGAGAGGGAGAAAGAGAGUCUACUGGAGAACAUGACCAGUGAGUUGGAGACCAGUAGAACACAACUGGAGUCACUGGAAAAGGACCUGCAGGACAGAAACAGCCAACUACAGGACCUGAGAACCCAACUGCAGGAACAUGAGAGGGAGCUGGAGGAGAGAACCAAACAGCUGGAGGAGAGAGACAAACAGAUGGAGGAGAGAGACACACAGCUGGAGGAGAGAGACAAACAGCUGGAGGCUAGAAGCAAAAAGCUGGAGGAGGAAGAGAGAGAGAGUCAGCAUCUGACUGGGACAGGCAGGCAGAAUUUCUUCUCCAAGCACAAGCAUGACCUGCAAACUCGCCUUCCCAGUGUGCUUGCCCCCAUCUUGGCCUCCCUCCAUCAAAAGCACGUUAUUAAUGACUGUGAGCGGCAGGACUUGGGCAACAUUACCAUCAGUGUAAAUCAGAACUAUAAACUGCUGAACAUGAUAGAGAAUAAAGGAGCCAGAGCACAAGAACUGUUCUAUGAAGCACUAAAGAAAGCUGACCCAUUCCUGGUGGAGGAGCUGGAAGGACCUCACGCCUUCCUCCUGGUGAUUCCAGUGGAGUCGUCUGAAGGGGAGGAGAGGAGGAUGCUGGAGAAAAUGAAGGAUAUGUUUGGGGAGGGAUGUUGGGGAUAUACACUGAUCCUCUUCACUCAUGCUGAGGGGCUGAGAGAGAGGAGUGUGGAGGAGUUGCUCCAGACAGGGAGCCAGGAGCUCCAGCAGCUGAUGCAGCGAGAUAAGACCUUUAUCGCAUGA